UCUUUUCACUUCUCUCUAUCUCACCUUCUGCACAUUCUUUUCUACCAAAUGUGAUGAAGUUAUAUGGAAUUCUUGUCACAAAAAUUGUACAACUAGACUAGCUAUAGACAAACACAUCUGUACUCCAUUAUUUAAUCUCAUCAUUUAAAAAUCCCUUUUCUCUAUGUAUCAUUACUCACUCUAUUAUAGAUUCUUGAAUUAUUUCAUUCCUCACUUCUCUUUAAUCACUUCAAAAAAACAAAAAAAGUGCUCACUCUUUUGUGAGCUCAAAAGAGUUUUUUGGGAUUUUGAGUCUUUUAGCUAUGAAGGGUUUCUUGUUUCUUGGUUUGUUUUUGUUUUUUCUAGUUCCAUUUUCAUCAUCUCAGUUAGUUCCUGCAGAAAGUAGAAUCCUUUUUCAAAUUCAACAGUUUCUUGAAAAUCCACCUGUUCUUCAAGAAUGGAAUAAAUGGACAAAUUUUUGUUUUCUCCCACAAUCUCCUUCUCUUGUUAUCACUUGUUCUGGUAAUCAUAUAACUGAGUUAACAAUUGUUGGUAACAAAAAAUCCCCUUUUGAGUCUUUAAAAUCCUCUUCUCCACAAGCCCUUUCUGGGAAAUUUUCAAUUGAUUCAUUUUUCACUGUUGUUACUAAGCUUUCUAGUUUAAAAAAGUUGUCUUUAGUUUCUCUUGGUUUGUGGGGUUCAUUGCCUGCUAAGAUUAGUAGGCUACAUUCACUUGAGGUACUUAAUAUAACUUCAAAUUUCAUUCUUGGUGAGAUUCCAUCAUCUAUAGUGAAUUUCAAGAACCUGAAAUCUCUUGUUUUGGCUAGAAAUUUGCUUAAUGGAAGUGUACCAGAUCUGAAAGGGUUAAAAAUACUUGAAGAGUUGGAUUUGAGUGGUAAUAAUUUAGGACCAAAGUUUCCAUCUUUAGGUGAUAACAACAACAAUCUUGUUUCACUGAAUUUGAGUAACAAUAUCUUUAGAUCAGAAAUACCUAAUGGACUCAACAAGUUUACUCAUUUGCAAAAUCUUGAUUUGUCUUCUAACAAACUUGUUGGUCCAAUGCCUGCUUUCCUGUUUUCACUUCCAGCAAUUCAGUCUAUUAGUAUUGCUAAGAAUCAGCUUAGUGGUGCUCUUCCAGGAAGUGUGUCUUGUAGCAACAAUCUAAAAUUUGUCGAUUUUUCGAGUAAUUUAUUGAUGGGAAAGUUGCCUGCUUGUCUUGGAUCAAGUUCAAGUUCAAGAAACAGGACAGUGAUUAAUGUUUGGAAUUGUUUGUCAAGUACUAGUACUAAGUCUCAACAUCCACAUACAUUUUGUGAGAAACAAGCUAUAGCUGUUAAGCCCCCUCCAAGAACUAGUGAUGAGAAGGAACAAUCCACAGUUAAGCUUGGUGUUGUCUUAGGACUCAUUGCUGGAAUUGUUGUAGUUGUGGGUGCAGUUGGUUUCCUGAUCUUUUUCAUUGUCAAGAAAGUUGUGAGAAAUAGAGAUCAAGGAUAUAAAAAUGACAGCUUUGCUUUUGAGAAGAAUUCAACCCUUUCCAAAACUGCUGAUGGAGGGAAUGCAAGGAGGACAAUGAGGAUGGUAUCAUUAGGACUUCCACCAUAUCAUGUUUUCACUUUAGAGGAAAUGGAAGAAGCAACAAACAGUUUUGAUCCAACUAAUCUGGUUGGAGAAGGUUCCCAGGGUCAGCUAUAUAGAGGUUGGCUUAGAGAUGGAUCAGUGGUCCUAGUGAAAUGUCUGAAAUUGAAGCAGAAGCAUUCACCUCAAAUUCUGCAGCAGCACAUGGAGAUGAUAUCAAAGCUAAGGCAUCGACAUUUAGUAAGUGUACUUGGACACUGUGUUGUUACUUACCAAGAUCAUCCAAAUACAGCUAGCACUGUAUUUAUUGUGCUUGAAAACGUCGUCAAUGGAUCACUAAAGGAUCAUCUUAGUGAUUGGAGGAAAAGGGAUGUAUUGAAAUGGCCACAAAGAAUGGGAAUAACGAUGGGCAUUGCAAAAGGAAUUCAGUAUUUGCACACUGGAGGAGUCACUGGAAAUGAUAUAAAGCUUGAGAAUGUUUUGUUGGAUGAAACUCUUACUGCUAGAAUAAGCAGCUACAAUAUAUCGUUGCCACCUAAGGUUGGUUCGGAAAGUCCUCUUGCUGGACCCGACCAUUUUACCAGCGCGAAAGAAGCAGAAAAGGAAGACAUUUAUCAGUUGGGAGUUAUUCUACUAGAAGUUAUUAUUGGUAGACCAAUCAACUCUCGAAGCGAAGCAGAGGACCUUAAGCUUCAGGUGGAGACUGCCUUAGCGGAAUCACCAUCAAAGCUACGAGAUUUAACAGAUCCUUGUAUACGAGGUACAUUUGCAUAUGACUCAUUGAAAACGACAGUCCAGAUAGCAAUAAACUGCCUUGAAAAAGAACCAAGCAGGCGGCCAUCAGUCGAAGAUGUUCUCUGGCAUAUGCAAUACUCAAUUCAGGUUCAAGAAGGAACAACCAACAGUGGAAACCUCAGUGGGAACCAAAGUGGGAAACUUAGUGGAAAAAUAAGUGGAAAUCUUAAUAAUAAGUUGUACUGAUAAGAGAGAACUGUCAUUAUAUUGUUAUAUCUUGUUGUUUAGUCAUUUGUAUGCAUCUUGUAUAGCAUAGUUCAGUAACUUACUGAAUAAAUGUUUUUGCGUUCUACAUCACAAAAAAAAUGUACCCAAGUUUACAAUACAAAGCAAAUUUUCAUGGAAGUUGAGAA